AACUGCACAGGUCGCCCAUUCGAAGACCAACACAUCGGGACAAGCAGACGGAUAUUGUGAUAGUGUUAUUGUAUAUUGAAAAUGAAGACACUUUUAUUAGUUCUCGCUACAACAGUAGCUGUCGGUCACUGUGUUGAGCUCACAAAUUACGAUAUUAGCAGAAACAGACUCGGCACCGGCCCGUCGAACGGUUUCGGAAUAAGAGACUUCCUGGACUUUUUAUUAGCCGGUUCCUACGGACAGCACUACCCCUCUGGACCUGGAUAUUACCCGGGCGGAGGGUACGGCGGUCAGUACCCUGGCGGGCAAUACCCAGGGGGCCAUUACCCGAGCAAUCCAGGAGUCGUGGGACCACCUGGCGCUCAUCCCGGAUGUCCAUUGUGUGACUCCUCUGUAUACAGCUAUUGCUCUCAUAAGCAAGCACAUGACGCAUGCUGUUGUGAUAAUCCUGCAUAUUUACCUGUUUCUUGUCGGAAGUCCAGCUGCGGAUUCCUCUACGCCAAUUCGUGCCAAGAGUACCAGCUAAUUUCGAACUGCUGCUGUGUGGACUUAUACAAGAACAACGGCGUUCCGACACCACUUCCAGUAGCCGCAUAAUCAGAAUUAUUCCAAUACCAUCAAGAGAAGAUUACCAACGAUACGCUAGACGAAGAGUAGACGAUAGAUAAACAAUAAAAUACUCGUCUAUAGGUAUACUCAAUGUAACUUAAUAUCAAGCAUUAAUAAUUUUAAACGUAAACAAGAAUUGUAGUUAACGAAUGCUGAAAUAUUUCAUUUGAAUUAUGACAUAUCAGAAAACUAAUAUUUUUGUUAUUUUUAUCUAUAAUUCACCUUAAAUUUAUUGUUCACGGUUCGUGGAACUGAACAACAUAUCAUUAAGUACCUGGACAUCUCUCAUUUAUAAAAACAUUGUCUUAGAACGUAAAUAAUAUGUGUAAAACGUGAUUCCGUUAUUUAUAUGGUCGUGUAAUUACUGAAACGAAAUAAGCAACAUAAUGUUCGAGCGUUCAUGUUAUUAGAAACAAAAUCUGUAAUGUAAGUCUUGAAUACUAGUUCAGCGAUUGCCACGGCGAAUAGCUCCGACGGAAUUACACCUCAAUAGUAAUGUGACUCAAAUAUUACUAAUUUACUUUGAUAUAAUAAAAAUUUUAACAUUUUUUUUUGUUAUGGAAGUCGACACUUCGAAACAUUUAAAACGAUUUUUUGUAAUAGAUAAGUGGUCUAAAAUAAUUGCUUCCUUUUCUUAAAGUAGCCCAUUGAUUUCCUAAGGGUCCGUGGACAUUCGUGGACCAGAUAAAGUUGGGAAACGCUGCUUUAGCUGGUUUAACUUCGUGUGAAAUAUGGUUACGACCGUCGUGUUAUAGCUUCACACAGACUGAUAUAUCAAUGGGUGUAAUGCUUGCUAUAAGAUAAUAUUGUUAACUUAGAUCUUAAUUAUAUAGUAACAUUUAGACUGUCCACAGGCCCAGAUCUACGAUUUUUUCUAACCAGAACAAAUAAUUCGUAUGGCGCCCCUUCCCCAACCCCUGAUCUUGAAACUUAAUAUAUUUUUCAGUGAAUGACAUUUUAUAUGUAUGAGAUAUUUGUAAAACUCGUUCUCUUUUUCCUAAAAUUGUUAUUUUUUAUAUGAUUUUGUCGCCUCCCUCACACUGGCGCCCGGGGCAAGUGCCCCCACUUGCCCUCCUCUAGAUCCGGGUCUGCUUGUCCAGAAAGGGAGAAUACAGACGCAAUGUCAACUUCAGUGCUGCAAUAGUUUAUUUGCCACUUCUUCUUCAUAAACACUUGUCAGCUUCUGUCACGCGUAGUUCUGAACAGGGUCUUACCUUCCUAUCUAUGACCGACAGAAGUAAAUUACUUGAGAAUAUGUCAUAACUUAAGCAGAUAUUUUUACAAGAAUUUGAAUGAAGGAAGAAAGAACUAUUAAUACUAUCACUAUUAGCAAUUUACAAUCCUUAAUUCGAAUUCUUGUCUUUAUUUAGGUUAAAAAUAUUUCCCUAAGUAAUGUAAUGACAUUUUCUCAAUUAAUUACUUCUCUCGACUAUUAAUAAGAGUGUUAGAAUAAGUAGAGCAUGUAGAUGCAAAAAUAGUAUCAUAGGGAUUGUAUUAGAAAAUAUAAAUAAAACAAUGACUAU